AUGGCCAUGCAUGAUGAAUAUAAUGCUUUAAUUAAAAAUGAGACGUGGGAUUUAGUACCACGACCUCCUGAUGUUAAUGUUAUUAGAUCUAUUUGGAUUUUUAGACAUAAAGAAAAAUCUGACGGUUCCUUUGAGAGGCAUAAAGCCCGACUUGUAGGUGAUGGUGCAGGUCAACAGGUUAGCAUUAAUUAUGGAGAAACUUUUAGCCCAGUUGUCAAACCGGCUACCAUUCACACUGUUCUCAGUCUUGCUCUUUCUAAAUCUUGGCACAUUCAUCAAUUAGAUGUCAAGAAUACAUUCCUCCAUGGUGAACUCAAUGAAACAGUUUACAUGUAUCAACCAUUAGGAUUCAGAGAUUCCAAACAUCCUGGUUAUGUGUGUCGUCUCCGCAAAUCACUAUAUGGGCUCAAACAAGCCCCUAGAACUUGGUACAAGAGGUUUGCCGACUAUACUUCAUCGAUUGGGUUUUACCAAAGCAAGUGUGAUCAGUCUCUAUUCAUUUACAAGGAAGACUCUUAUCUAGCCUACCUUUUACUAUAUGUAGAUGAUAUCAUCCUCACCACCUCCUCUGAUGCUUUGCGGCAAUCCAUCAUCUCACUCCUCAACUCCGAGUUUGCUAUGAAAGACUUAGGACAUCUCAACUACUUCCUGGGUAUUGGCAUCACUCGUCAUAAGCAUGGUCUAUUCCUCACGCAUAAGAAAUAUGUCGAAGACAUCCUCUCACGAGCCGACAUGUUUUCAUGCAAAACUUGUCCAACUCCAGUUGAUACAAAACCCAAGAUGAAUGCCGCACAUAGUCUCCCGUAUGAGGAUCCGUCUCUCUACUGUAUUCUUGUAGGUGCCCUCCAGUAUCUUACCUUCAAACGACCUGAUAUCUCAUAUACGGUUCAACAAAUCUGUCUCUUUAUGCAUAAUCCGAUGGACACCCACAUGCAUGCUCUCCGCAGGAUAUUACACUACAUUCAGGGUAUAAAACACUAUGGUUUACAUCUCUAUCCCUCAUCCACUACUUCAUUACUAUCUUAUACAGAUGCCGAUUGGGGAGGAUGUCCUGACACUAGACGUUCCACUUCCGGCUACUGUGUGCAUCUUGGAGACAAUCUACUUUCUUGGUCGUCUAAACGACAACCCACACUCUCACGCUCUAGUGCUGAAGCAGAAUACCGUGGAGUUGCCAGUGUGGUAUCUGAAUCCUGCUGGUUACGAAACCUUCUGCUUGAGUUACAAUGA